AUGGACAGUUGUAUUGUUCAAAAAGUAUUUGGAAAACUUAUUCAAGAAAAUAAUUUUGAAGAAAUGAAUAAAUGUGCUAUUUUAUCGGCUAGGAAUGUUGAUGUUGAUGAUAUUAAUGAUCAAGUUACUAAUUUAUUGGAUAGAUCAACCGAACAUGUAUAUACUGGAAUUUAUAGCAUUGAAAAUUGUGAUAAUGGUGAACUUACUAAUCUUCUUUUACCAGAGUAUCUUAAUACUUUAAAUCCACCAAGUCUGCCUCCAUGUAAAUUACAUUUACGAAAAAAUUGCAUCAUUAUGUUAAUUAGGAACAUAAGCAUAAAUGAAGGUUUAUGCAACGUUACAAGACUGUUAGUUAUCGACUUUUUCAAUCAUUUAUUAAAGUGUAAAAUCUUAACAGGAGAUAAAUGUAACAUUAUUGUAUUUUUGAAUCGUAUUACUCUUUAUGGUAAAAAUGAGUACCCAUUUACGUUAAAAAGAAGACAGUUCCCAAUUUAA